AUGGGCUACGCAAUCUUGCCGGCGCUGAUCCCGGACAUCGAAAAGGUGUAUGAUUCCUACUUCAAAGCCUUCAAUGGUGACGCCAUGGGAGACAUCAUGGUCAAGAUCCUGUUUCCAAACGGGGUAGACUCUGAAGAGUUCCGUAAGGCACAUACCGCUGGCACCCUGUCGUGGUGGCACCACAGCGACUGCCAGUACACUUACAAGUGCGUCGAUACCGAGACAGGGGAGAUUGUCGGCAUGGCUUUGGGCGACAUCUACCUCAAAGAGCGCAGCGAAGAAGAGCGCAAGAACCAUGGAGUGGGCUGGCUCGAGGGGGCGGCGAGAGAGCGCGCCGAAGCUGUUCUCAAUCCCCUUCACGACGUCAGAGAGAAGCUCUUUGGCGGACGGCGAUACAUCUAUACCCACGUUAUUGCCGUCGACCCGAAACAUCAAGGUAGAAAGGCAGGCGCCCUUUGGUGUAAGUGGGGAAUGGAACUCAGCGACAGCCUGGGAAUACCCCUGUACUUCGAGUCAUCUCCCUCGACCUACAAACUGUACGAGAAGAUGGGUUACGAGACCCUGGACGAGAAGAUUGUUCACAAGGCGGAGCUGAUGGGCACACCCGACGACAUCGAGGUGCCCCUCAUGGUCAAGAUGCCUGCUUGUGCCGGGGGGAUUACUUUUCAGGAAUGGCGCGCUGCGGGAUACCCCCCUUUCAGCGAGGUCAAGAGAGUUGCGGUCACUCCCGCCGUAGAUGUCGUGCCGGCCGAGAAGAAGGCUGGCAGUGGCGUUAUGGCCGUCGAGGUCCAGGUUCAGGAGGUGCAAGUCUAA